GCAUAUAAUGAACAAGAACCUUCCCUGAAGUUCAGAGCGGCCUAAUUAUCUCUCCAGGAACAUUUGGUGUGAUUUAGAACAGUUCCUGCAAACUGCAAUGCACAAUGCCAGCCUACCGACGUCCGACGACGAGCACAUACACUCCAUAAACUAGCACACCCGGCCCCCAAUCACGAGCCUAUAAUGAACACUAUAUAUAGCAGAACAAUCUGCAUGUUCUUCCGUCCGUCCAACGCCACUGCCUCUCCUCCUCUGUAGGUCUGCUUUUUUUUUCUUUCUUGGAUUCAACCUGGUCGUUAGGUUUUCAUUUGUAACUCCACACCGUGUUAGGGCGAUCUGGAGGUGAAUCGCUGAAAAAGUAGCAGAAACAGCAGCCGCACACAGGUGUCCGCCAUGGGUUCCUGUACCUCCAAGUCCGCGCUUGAUCACAGGAGGCCGGCGAGGUACUACACCAGGGGGCGGCGAGUCCACAGCCGCCGGUCCAUCAUGCCGGAGGCGCCCCAGUCGCAGCAGCUGGGCGAUGCCAGCAGAGGCCGCAUGACCGGCUUCUCCAUGAGCGAGAUCGUGCACGUGGAGACGGCCAACCGGGGCAAGUCGGAGCACUCCAAGACGUUCCACCUCACGCAGAUGGAAUGGCACCACAGCCAGAGGGACUCUAAAGGGUGCAGCAACGAAGACGCCUGGUUCGAUUCUGUCAGCAUCCUCGAAGAUGAUUCUGACGACGAAUUCAAGAGCGUCGAUGGAGACAGCGACGAAGACGAAGAGCAGGCGGAGAAGCAGCAAUACGCGAGCGUGUCCAGCUUCGCCGACGCGCUCUCUCGCAUCGGAGACAUAUGCCGCGGCGUGCCUUUACCCGACAUCCUUGCGCUGAAAGGCGACGGACGUCGGAGCCAGCAGAGCAUGCCGUCCUCCUUCGGCCUCAAGGCGGUCCUCAUCAAGGACAAGAGCGACGCCGCAGACGACGACGACGACGACGGCGACGGCGGUGGCGGCAAGGAGACCUCCACGCCGUCCCGCCUGCGCAAGCUGCUGCAGUCCAUCAGCUUCAACGAGAGGGUGCAGCAGCUGACGGGCGGCAGCCCCGCGAAGAAGAAGUCCACCGUCAUUCGCCUCUCGUACAAGACGACGUCGUCGUGCGGCGGGGACGACUACGAGGACGGCGGCGGCGGCGGAGGCGGCGAAUGCGGUAGAUCUAAGAAGUACGUUGUUCGUCCGAAGGUAGGGCAGACAGUCCCGUGCGGAGGAGAGAGGCCGGCGACGGGAUGCUGGUCGCGGAUGGACCCGUCCCUCUUCAAGCUCAGGAGCGACACCUUCCUAAAAGACAAGAAGAAAUGCGCGGCUCCAAACUACGCUGCCUACUAUCCGAUAGGCGUUGACCUGUUUGCCUGCCCCAAGAAGGUCCAUCACAUCGCCCAGCACCUGGACCUUCCGCAGAUCAAGACGCACCCCAAGAUCCCGUCGCUCCUCAUCGUGAACAUCCAGAUGCCUACCUACCCCGCUGCUAUGUUCCUCGGCGACAGCGACGGGGAAGGCUUGAGCCUGGUCCUGUACUUCAGGGUGUCCGAAUGCUACGACAAGGAGGUUUCCGAACAUUUCAAGGAGUCUAUGAUGAGGUUUUUCGAGGACGAAACCGAGAAGGUGAAAGGGUUCACGUCAGAAUCCACUGUGAGCUACAGAGAUCGGCUGAAGAUCAUGGCCGGCCUGGUCAACCCGGACGACCUCCAGCUGGGCUCUACGGAGAGAAAGCUCGUCCAGGCGUACAACGAGAAGCCAGUCCUCUCGCGGCCCCAGCACAGCUUCUACGAGGGAGAGGACUACCUUGAGGUGGACCUUGACAUCCACCGGUUCAGCUACAUUGCUAGGAAGGGGCUGGACUCGUUCAGGGCACGCCUCAAGAACGGCAUCCUCGAUCUGGGGUUAACGAUCCAGGCCCAGAAGCAGUCGGAGCUCCCUGAGCAGGUCCUCUGCUGCGUCAGGCUGAACAAGAUCGAUUUCACUGACCAAGAAGUUCCAACAAUAGUCACCGUUGAUGACAACUGACGCAUUUGAUCAAAAUGGUCAUCACACGUGCGAGCUAUUAUUAACUGCUGCAAGGCUAGAUCCAUGGGAUUCAGAGGCGACACAACAACUGAUGACUCCACGCCUUGGUUUCUGCCUAAUAUGUUCGCCGAUCUGCCUACUUUUAAGCACGGGCUUUUUCUUGUCUUCCCUGUAACUAUAAUAUAAUAAUGUAUAUUAUAUACAAGACGAUACAACCCUGCGGGUGUUGGUCAUGUUCCUAACCUUUUUGCACACUCCACUUGCUGGUUGCAAUAUGCCUGCUUCCAGAUGCAGAAAGACAUUGAACCUGACAAUAUUCAAAUGCCCAUGCAUCAGACGGACAUGUACAUCCAUAAUAGGAUUUUGACAGAAAUUGCGGCGGGUGCGCCUGUUGUAAGCUUUUGUUCCGGACAUUCCGGUAUUAAAAGCAAAGGUAACCUGUUUCCGGAAAAGCGAAACAAAAUAAAGGAUCCAGACAAAUCAGUAGCCAUACA